CCCAGGGACAGUCGAGCCAUCUAAACAAAGAUCAUCUACGCCGACGCUCGAAUGCAAUGUCUUCUCCGCCGGCCUCGAUCCUGAACUUUCGAGAUGUAGGCAAGACGAUCAAUAGCUUCUGCGGCACGCGGUACGACGCUCCGAUCAUGAGCGACACAACCGGCUGACGAAGGAGGAAAGGCUGCUGCGUGAAGAGAUGCUAUACCGUUCGGCUCGUCCUGAUGAGGCGUCCAAGGAAGACAGAGAUCGGCUCAUCCACGAGUUCAAAAUCAAGACGAUAGUUGAUCUGCGUACCGAGUAGGAACCUAUAAGCGUUGUCGAUGUGAGAAUAGGCAAAUGCUGACUUACUGACGGAACUGAGCACAUUGAGCAAGCGAAGAAGCGCGAUGCCAAGCUCGCCGCUGCCGCCGCCGCUGCUGCUGCUGCUUCUGCUUCGCCAGAAGCAGCACCAUUAUCUGAUCAAGCGGCGCUAGAGCCUCUUCAGAUACCCGGGAUAAAUUACCGCAGCAUCAACUUCAACGGAAAGGCGUAUUCAAACAUGCUGCUCAGCAAGCUCACCUGGUGGCAGUUCAUCAAGCUGAUCGGCCUCAUGGCGACAGGGUACCGCAUCGAUGCGAUCAGGAUCAUCGGCGAGAACGUGAUGCGCGACAAGGGACUGAUCGGUCUCGGCAUCGACUCCGUCGACGCGUGCACCGCGGAAGUGCGAGAGUUCUUCGACGUCCUGGCCAACCGCGACAACUUCCCCGUUCUCGUGCACUGCACGCAGGGCAAGGAUCGGACAGGCUUGACCGUGCUCUUGACGCUUCUCUUGCUGGGCGUCCCUCUGCCGGCUGCACAGUAUGACUAUAUGGCCACUCAGGGCCAGCUCGACUCGGAGAGGGAGGAGCGCUUGAGAGAAAUCGCUUCCAUUGGCUUGCCAGAGAGUUUCGCGGACUGCGAUCCGGAGUUUGUGGCUGCGAUCGACAGACACAUACAAGAGGAGUACGGGGGCGUCUCGCAGUACCUUAGCCAUGCCGGUGUGGGCGAGGAAACGCAAAAUGCAGUAAAAGAGCACUUGAAGAUGCCAUGAUAGAUUUAGACGACCGAGUUCCCCAAACCCGUUCGCUUUUGCAUUUUCAGACCAGAAAACAAUGCCAAUGGUCAAUAGAAUCUUCCUUCCGCCUUUGAAUAUUUUUAUGUUUUUGCUCAAAUAAUAUCUUAAUCUAGCCUUUUAUGAUACCACUAACAUGCUAAAAGUUGUG